AUCUCCACUCUAGAAGUCACCUUCGGAAUUUUGUCAGCAACAUGUAUAACGGAGGGCUCUCCGAGUGAUUUGGCAGGGGCGAGGUGGUGGCUUGGAAUUCACAAUCUCUGUCUCAUUCAGACACACGCAGGUGAGUCAGUAGAGCUCGGAGAACGAACAGCAGAACAGAGUCAACUGAGUGACCCUCACAGGAUGAGGCCUCACUUCCAGGGAUUUUUGUGUAUUAUGUGCUCUCAGAUCCUCCACGUCACAUGCACCCUUUAGGCUUAUGUUUUGUUGGCCUUUGCUUCUAACUAUUCAUUUCAAAGCUUUCAACUACAGCAUGCUCUGAAUCUAUCCAUGACGUUGGCAACAUGACAACAUGUGGUACUUGUUUGGGUCAUUGUGCCAGUGCCAAUGGCUGCCAUCAUGUACCUUGAGCAGUGAAGUCUGCAUGCCAGAUGCCUUUGUCUGGACAAAGUUGAAAUGCUACUGGUCCUAGAUAUACCAUGCUUACAUUGAGUUAAACUAUAGGCUAUUUGUUAACACUUGACAUUAUGGUGGAGCCUACUUAAAAUGAUUUAUAAAGGGGUUUCAACUGUUCAUUAUUAGUCUAUAGAUAGUUUAUAAAUAUCUAUUCAACAGUUAUAUGCCUAACACAUUGGUUGAAAUGUUGUGCUUGUCAUUUAACUGCUUUAAAAAAAAAUCGUAAUAAUCUGAACUACAGAAGACAAGACAACGUUCAUUUAUACUGUUUUUUCUUUUCUUUUUAGGAUGGGCAUGUCAUGGCAUGCUCAUGUCGAUAGGCAGACCCCCGCACCUCUCUGAUUCAGAGGGGUUGGGUUAAUUGCGGAAGACACGUUUCAGUUGAAUGCAUUCAGUUGUACAACUGACUAGGUAUCCCCUUUCAUUUCCCAGUAUGUAUGUUGCCCCUAUGCUGUCAGCGGCUCCUACAUCUAGAUAUUGCGACAUUCAUCUGUUUUCAAUGACUAGUAGCAAACUUUUUGGACGGACUCAUUCUAAGUGUAUAACUGACAAAUUAAACAAACUACUGCAUAUUCAGUUAAAACAGAAAAUAAACAACAUUUUAAAUAUUUAGUCUAUAGCCGAAGAUUCAUACAAUAAUUUAGGUGUAAUACAAUAUUGAGAACCACUUUGACGCGCCUACAAGGUACAGUUUAUUUCGCCACUCCCCCCUUUUUUAUGUUGAAUGGAACAUCCUGAAGUAGUCCCGACUCGCACUAGGGAGGAUUUUUUUUUAUAAUUAACCCACUAGGGUAGGAAUAGGCGUUGGGUGCAACUGAACUGACACCAGUACAGGGGGUACGGUACAUUCACUGUCGGUUCAAGUUGUAAAGUACAGUAAUAAUACAUUCCAGUGACAAAUGAAGUACCCGUGUUUUUACCUAUUGUUGCAGGGAUCACUUAACCAGGUAGUUAUUGGGAGAAGUUUGUUUCAAUCACCUUUCUCCAUCUUGAAAGACAAACGUGGCUUAAUUGGAAUAUAGGGGUUUCUAGUAUUUGGGUAUGCUUCCUCAUUCUGCUGUACAAGGACAGGAGAGCAGAGUGUAAAAAUACAUUAAUUCACCACAAAAGUCAUGUUGUCCUGGACUGUACUGCCUGAUUGGAAAGUAUUGCUGUUGGUGACUCUUCAAUGGGACUACCUCUGUGCUGAGGAACUGAAGCCCACGAGAUGGCCACUGUAUCUCCAAAAGCCUCUGGUCAUGGCCUGGAAUGCUCCGACAGAAGACUGCAGCCCACGGCACGGUAUUCACUUUCAGCUGGAGCAGUUCCAGAUUGUGGCGUCGCCCAGCAAGGGCUUUGUCCGCCAAAACCUCACCAUCUUUUACAAGGACCGCUUGGGGUUGUACCCCUAUUAUAAUGAGCAUGAUGGUACUGUCAUGAACGGUGGGCUCCCGCAGGUUGCCAGUCUCACUCAGCACCUGGAGAAGAUGCCGGAGGGUAUUCAGUAUUACAUACGCGAAGCAGGGGCCAAGGGGCUGGCAGUUAUUGACUGGGAGGAGUGGAGACCACUGUGGAUCCGCAACUGGGACGUCAAGAAUGUGUACCGCAACCAGUCAAGGCAGCUGGUGGCCCAGAAGAACCCAGCCUGGCCCGCAGAGCGUGUGGCUAAGGUGGCCCAGCAGGAGUUUGAGAUGUCAGCCCGGAAGUUCAUGCUGGAGACCCUGAGGCUGGCCAAGAGCCUGCGGCCCAACCAGCUGUGGGGGUUCUACUUGUUCCCAGACUGCUACAACCACGACUACAAGAACACUCUGGAGAACUACACGGGCCGCUGCCCUGACGUGGAGGUGGCCCGGAAUGAAAUGCUCAAAUGGCUGUGGACUGAGAGCACAGCCCUCUUCCCUUCGGUCUACAUGGGCACGGUGCUGCGCUCUUCGACCUCGGGGCGCCAGUUUGUCCGGAACCGGGUGAAGGAGGGGAUGCGUCUGGCGUCAGGGGGAGACGGGCUGGCACGUCCUGUCUUUGUGUACGCCCGGCCCACCUAUGCCAACGUACUGGAGCUGCUGACAGAGACGGACCUGGUCUCCACCAUCGGGGAGAGUGUGGCUCUUGGGGCCGCAGGCAUCAUCCUCUGGGGAGACCACGCUUAUGCCAGCAGCAAGGCCAGUUGCUCUAGUCUGAAUGAGUACCUGCGGGGUCCGCUGGGCCGGUACCUGCUCAACGUUACCACGGCAGCAGAGCUAUGCAGCCAGACGCUGUGCGAUUCCCUUGGACGCUGCUUGCGUAAACACCCUGACACUGAUGCCUACCUGCACCUCAGCACCCGCACCCACAGAAUAGAGGCCCUGGAAAAUGGAAAACUCAAGGUUCAAGGUCAGCUUGGGGAAGACGACAUAUUGGGUUUUCAGAGGGAGUUCCAGUGCCAGUGCUAUAGUGGCUACCUGGGAGAGGGCUGUGGCCAGAGAGACCCCCAACAACAACGAGGCAUCGCAGCUCCAAUCAUGGCAUCAUGGGUGCACUGUUUGCUCCUGCUACUCAUCACACUCCUGCUCUGAGUGCAAACAGUACAUACACAGGCAUACAGCUACUUUCAAAUAAUUGAACGUGUACUGGUAUACACAUGACAUUAUCUACACACAUGCGCAAACAUUAUAUAAAUACACUUUGGGGCAAAUGUAUUUACUGUGGUCCAGAUUGCUGUAAGGUUGGUGGAUCUAUGUGGAACUGAGUUAUGUGGUUGUUUGUGGAGGGCUCGCUGGAAAUAACUUUGUUUACAUUGAUCUCUUUCUCAGUCUCCUUCCCACAAUUUCUCUCUCUCAACCCUUCCCCCCUCUUUCAAGGUGUCAUUUUCUCAUGAUCCCAAAGUUUAUGUUUUUGUGUGGAAAUGUGUGUUGUUUUCAAGAUGUGCUUCUGAUGUAUGUACGGUUUUGUGUUAUGUGUGAGCCAAAAUGGGGCCGAUGCACUUGAUUCUUGGAAUAGCACAAAAUAGUUCUUAUUGCCUGACCUCUGACAAUUUUAUCUUUAGGUUUCAAUAUUUAUAGUAAUGUAUUUUCACGUUUUUAAAAAGCUUUUGUUAUUUUAUGGCAAAAACAAGACUACUAUUUUCGUUCCAAAAUUGUGCGUCUCUCUUACUGUGUACAAUGUUUCAAUCACUCAAAAUUAAUCAAAGCUGUAAUUAAGUGAUACUGCCAGAGAAGCCGGUGUUUGGAGGAUAUAUUGGCACAGGUGUUGUUUCAUCAAGGGCCUGCAAACCGUGCCAAUAUAUCCUCCAAACACCAGCUUCGAGCACAUUAUCACUUUUAUACAACGGGUUACCAACAUAUUCAAAUAAUGAUUGACAUAUUUUAAUUAAAAACGUUAUUUAGAUAAAUUUAUUCAUACUAUUUCAUCCUUCCACGAGAUAUAGUCCCGACACAAAUCUAUGGUUGCUUCCCAAGCCGCCUGGUCGUUCGUUCUUUCUGGCAUCAUUCUUAUCCCUUGCUUGCCAGCUAGCCAACUUUGGCUAACAGUCACAUCAAACAGUGUAGCCAGAAUAUCAGCAAAGUGGCUGCAUUUACGUUUGUUAAAGCUGUUUUCUAAUGAUUGUUGGGGGGAUACAUCCAUAGCAAAGAACUAAUUAUGUGCGAUUUCGCCUGGCAUAGGACAUUUGCUCUCUCACCAGGCCACUGUUCAGAAGAGAUAGCCAACUACACAGUUAACACAAUCACGAUAAACUGAAGCUGGAAUGACAGCAAACUAGCUGUAUUUCCUGGUUUUCUAUUGACAUUUCUUUGUAUAUAUCCAUAAAAAUGAUGCUGAUUCAUGAUUUCGACUGGCUGAGAAAAGCUGCCAGCCUGUCUCGUCCCAACUAUCUACACGUUAAUUACCAUAGGACAGCUGGAGAUCGAAUUUCAAUAAUGUCGCAAAUGUCGGAGACUGACAGCAAGUUUACUACAAAUCUCUGUUGUUGAAAACCAAAUGCUAGUGUGAAGGAAAUGGGAGAUAAUGUGUAGAUGUAGACCUAGUAUGUAAAUUGCCUGGCUGAUUUGAUGAGACAGUGGUUUGCGCAGUGAGAUGGAACAACGAGACAUUUCAACAUCAUAGAUUUAACCAGUGGUAACUUGUCGAAUAGACACCGGCUGGAAUGUGGUUUUAACCAAUCAGCAUCCAGGAUUAGACCCAUCGGUUGUAUAACAUCAUCCAAUACUAUCACAGUACAGUGUCCACAAAUGGAUUUCUCAGUUUGAUGAUCACUUGUGUAUCAGUGUUUGUAUUAAUUAUACAAUUAUCUGUCUCUCCUCGGUUCCUGAUCGAUUCAACAAUCGCAAUGUACACAUAGUGGCAGUGGGCCGAGAGUUUUGAGAGUGGCUGCUUUUAAGAGGUUUGUCUGGUACAAAAUGUUUCUUAAGGACUACCCCUUCCCCCCUAUAAUUGUUGGGUGCUGCCAGCCAAAGGUUAUUUCAAGUUUUCAGCAAUACAAGUUUCCAGGAAGCAGACACAUUACCUAACAUUGUAGAAAGACGGUGCAUCCUCAUGGAACUCUCUCAGGGCAAAUCUCCACAGAUGUACAGUGCAUUCGGGAACGUAUUCAGACCCCUUGACUUUUUCCACAUUUUGUUAUGUUACAGCCUUAUUCUAAAAUGUAUUAAAUUGAUGAAGAAAAAAAACUAUCUACACACAAUACCCCAUAAUGACAAAGCAAAAAGCAAAAAAAAAUGAAAUAUCACAUUUACAUAAGUAUUCAGACCCUUUACUCAGUACUUUGUUGAAGCACCUUUGGCAGUGAUUACAGCCUCACGCCUUCUUGGGUAUGACGCUAAGUUUGGCACACCUGUAUUUGGGGAGUUUCUCCCAUUCUUCUCUGCAGAUCCUCUCAAGCGCUGUCGGGUUGGAUGGGGAGCGUUGCUGCACAGCUAUUUUCAGGUCUCCCCAGAGAUGUUCGAUCGGAUUCAAGUCCGGACUCUGGCUGGGCCACUCUAGGACAUUCAGAGACUUGUCCCAAAGUCACUCAUGCGUUGUCUUGGCUGUGUACUUAAAGUCAUUGUUCUUUUAGAAGGUGAACCUUCUCCCCAGUCUGAGGUCUUGAGUGCUCUGGAGCAGGUUUUCAUCAUGGAUCUCUCUGUACUUUGCUCCGUUCAUCUUUCCCCCGAUCCUGACUAGUCUCCCAGUUGCUGCUGCUGAAAAACAUCACCACAGCAUGAUGAUGCCACCACCAUGCUUCACAAUAGGGAUGGUGUCAGGUUUCCUCUAGACGUAACGAUUGGCAUUCAGGCCAAAGAGUUCAAUCUUGGUUUCAUCAGACCAGAGAAUCUUGUUUCUCAGGGUCUGAGAGUCCUUUAGGUGACUUUUGGAAAACUCCAAGUGGGCUGUCGUGUGCCUUUUACUGAGGAGUGGCAUCCAUCUGGGCAUAAAGGCCUGAUUGGUGGAGAGCUGCAGAGAUGGUUGUCCUUCUGGAAGGUUCUCCCAUCUCCACAGAGGAAGCUCUGGAGCUCUGCAGCGUGACCAUCGGGUUCUUGGUCAUCUCCCCUGCUCAGUUUGGCCGGGCGGCCAGCUCUAGGAAGAGUCUUGGUGGUUCCAAACUUCUUCCUUAUAAGAAUGAUGGAGGUCACUGUGUUCUUAGAGACCUUCGAUGCUGCAGAAAGUUUUUGGUACCCUUCCCCAGAUCUGUGCCUCCACACAAUCCUGUCUCGGAGCUCUACGGACAAUUCCUUCGACCUCAUGGCUUGGUUUUUGCUCUGAAAUGUACUGUCAACUGUAGGGAACUUAGAUAGACAGGUAUGUGCCUUUCCAAAUCAUGUCGUCAAUUGAAUUUACCACAGGUGGCCUCCAGUUGUAGAAACAUUUGAAGGAUGAUCAAUGGAAAGAGGAUGCACCUGAAUUCAAUUGAAGGUAUUUUUUUUUUUUUUUUGUAAUAAAUAAAAAACAGUUUUUGCUUUGUCAUAAUGGGGUAUUGUGUGUAUUGAUGAGAAUUAUACUUUUUUAAAUCAAUUUAAGAAUAAGGCUGUAACAUAUCAAACUGUGGAAAAGUCAAGGGGUCUGAAUACUUUCCGAAUGCACUGUAUUUAUCUUUUGAAAAACUGUUUUGAGUUUUUACAUCCAAAUUGGUGGGCUAUAGGCUUUGGGGUCAAAUAAAACUUUAAUGGCCCUCCUUUCCAUAAUUAUAGGUUGCCUUGAGGCAAAAUGAUUUGUGAUCCUUUGAAGUCUACAGCAAUAGUUCCUAAGUGUUGUAUGUGUUCAGACACAUUGCAGAUAGCCAGGUCUGCUUAAAAGUAAAUUCACGGCUGCAGCCUGCAUAUUUUAAUUAUCUAAUUAAUGAAUUUAUUCUAGAAAGUAUAGACCCAUUCUGAGAGGAAUAGUUUGUAGUAAUUUAUAUAAUACACAGCGCCUCCCCUCAUUUACACUAGGUAACUAGGCUACAGGAAACUUUGCUUUCCUAGGCUUGACAUUUCACACUAGCCAUUUGAUUCGCAAAGGUGAUUCCGAGAUACGUUUGUCGUCCUCUUUUUGAGGAGCACACUCAAAGUCCUAUGACUUCACAAAAAAAAAAAAAAGUAGAGUAGUAAAGAACCUAUCCAGAAUCAGGAACAUUAUGUUCUGACAAUGUCAAUUUGCCAAAAUACUAUAUUACAUUUUGUGUUCUCUUUUUCUGAAGGUAUAAAGUGCAUUUUACCUGGGGGGCACUUCUUCUAUGCGUGAUUGUGGCCAGUAUUGUUCUUGGCAGGGAGCAUGAAGCAGAAGCACUCCCCACACUGGCCCAGGUGCCCUUCCUCACUGUGUGGAAUGCGCCUACAGCCCAGUGUAAGACCCGCUAUGGGCAGUGGACCUGGACCUGUGAGUGUUCAGCAUAGUGAAGAAUUAGAACCGGAGCUUCAUGGGGGACAACAUCACCUUCUUCUACAAGACUAAACUGGAUACAACCAAGCAGAGGCAGUUAACGGUGGGGUGCCACAGAAUGCCAACCUGCUGGAGCAUUUCAGGUCUGCCGCUGAGAUCCUCCAGACCUACAUGCCCGGCAGAGACUUCCAAUGGCCCAGGAGAGGCCCAAAGGGAUGCGGCUAUUUUAUGGUUUCCCCUCCUGUGAUAACGACUACAAAAACACAACAGAUAACUACACAGUGGAGUGUCCCCAGAUAGAGUUGAGGAGGAACGAUGCUCUGUUCUGGCUGUGGAACGUCUCCUCUACCCAGAUUUCUACCAGGAUAUUCUAACUUCUAUGGUUCCAUGACAUCUGACCACAUGACCAGGUACAGGCAACACCUGACAGAAUGGCAUCACAUAGACCCAGCAGGAUACAUAAAAAGAGACUGCCAAUAUCUUGAUGAUUUGCAUGAUUUGCUGAUUAUUUAUGUGCACCCUCCCACCUCCAUAGCACGGAGUCCCCUAACCCAGCUGACGCGGAGAGCCCCUGCUGUUAGGUAAGGAUGGUGCGUGCUAUGUAAGACAUACUACAGUUGAAGUCAGAAGUUUACAUACACCUUAGCCAAAUGCGUUUAAACUCAGUUUUUAACAAUUCCUGACAUUUAAUCCUAGUAAAAAUUCCCUGUCUUAGGUCAGUUAGGAUCACCACUUUAUUUUAAGAAUGUGAAAUGUCAGAAGUAGAGAGAAUGAUUUAUUUCAGCUUUUAUUUCUUUCAUCACAUUCCCAGUGGGUCAGAAGUUUACAUACACUCAAUUAGUAUUUGGUAGCAUUGCCUUUAAAUUGUUUAACUUGGGUCAAACGUUUCGGGUAGCCUUCCACAAGCUUCCCACAAUAAGUGGGGUGAAUUUUGGCCCAUUCCUCCAGACAGAGCUGGUGUAACUGAGUCAGGUUUGUAGGCCUCCUUGCUCGCACACGCUUUUUCAGUUCUGCCCACAAAUGUUCUAUGGGAUUGAGGUCAGAGCCACUCCAAUGCCUUGACUUUGUUGUCCUUAAGCCAUUUUGCCACAACUUUGGAAGUAUGCUUGAGGUCAUUGUCCAUUUGGAAGACCCAUUUGCGACCAAGCUUUAAGUUCCUGACUGAUGUCUUGAGAUGUUGCUUCAAUAUAUCCACAUCAUUUUCCUACCUCAUGAUGCCAUCUAUUUUGUGAAGUGUACCAGUCCCUCCUGCAGCAAAGCACCGCUACAACAUGAUGCUGCCACCCCUGUGCUUCAUGGUUGGGAUGGUGUUUUUCGGCUUGCAAGCCUCCCCCUUUUUCCUCCUAACAUAACGAUGGUCAUUAUAGCCAAACAGUUCUAUGUUUGUUUCAUCAGACCAGAGGACAUUUCUCCAAAAGGUACGAUCUUUGUUCCCAUGUGCAGUUGCAAACCGUAGUCUGGCUUUUUUUAUGGCGGUUUUGGAGCAGUGGCUUCUUCCUUGCUGAGCGGCCCUUCAGGUUAAGUUGAUAUUGGACUCGUUUUACUGUGGAUAUAGAUACUUCCGUACCUGUGUCCUCCGGGGGGGAUAAUAGUACUUACUAUUAUAACUUGGACAAAUGGUCAUGAGAUAUUAUUAUAUGAUAUUAUGAACAGUUUAUUUGUAUAUCAUUGUGAAAGCCAGAAAUAAUUCACAGUUGACCUUGACAUUUAACCCAAUGAGUCCGCUGUGUUUGAGCUACAGACUUCUGAGUUUAACCAUUGGAUGAAUCUAUUUCUUCUGCACCGUUAGUCUGUGUGAUUAACGGGGGCUGAGCUAGAGCAGUGUUUGUGAGACAAGGGCGCAUUCCCAAAGGUGCCCGGGCCGGGUCUUUUUACAAAAACGUCUGUGAACUCCGAAUGGUUUGAAACAGUUAAAAGCUAUCACGAACACGCACAGGUAACAUGGUUUGCUCUAUGACACUCACAAGCUACACAAGAGUCGAUAGAAGGUAAGGGGUUCUUCUACAUAGAAUAUCAUAGGAAAUCCCAGGACAUAGUGUCUAUAAUACUGUAAAAAGCUCACAGCAAAUUCCACACAGUUGACACUGACUAGUUGGGUAUUGAUUUCCCCCUGUGCAAACCAUUUCUAUCCUUACAGCAUUCGUAUCCAUUUAUUUGUAUCCAUUUUUUUUUUUGCUGCUGCUGCAGACUUUUGUCAAUAAAACUCAUGAAUGCAAAUGUUUAUGUCAAAUUGUUUGGUGUUCUACUUGUAGCCCAGGUUGUCUUGAAAGUAAAAUGGUAAAACACUUCAUUGUGAGGCUAAAUAUAAGGGCUGUUUAUUCAGAUAGAUGAAAGCCAGGUCAAUGAAAAUAAAAAUGUUGCUGGAGUCUAUGGACUGAUAGCAUAAGCAACACGACUGUUUAGAAAAUAGUUUCCAGCCAUUUUACAAAAGUAGAUAUGUCAUUUUGUUAAAUUACAGCUUUUGACCUGGGAUUAUUCAUACUGGUUUCAAACAUUUCACAGAAAAUCAGUGUAUAAGCUUAAAAUAAUGCUUCAUUUCGGGGCUUUAAGUUGUUAAGCCUAUUAGAACUAAGGAGAGCCACACCAACUGGAGAAGUGACUGCCAAUUUCAGCUGUUAGCUAAUGGCAAAGUGAUUGUUGAGUGCCACAAUUAUACUCAGCAAUUUACCAGAGCCCUGUGAGUGUCUACAGUACGUGACUCAAAUGUGAUGCAAUGUACUCAUGAUUGAUACUCUAUGGGUGAAUGUAUUGUCUACCAGAUACUUUAACCUCAUUGUUGAUGUUUUUUAUGUUAAAUAAAAGAUGUAUGCAUAUUUUCAGUGAACUGCCACAUCUGCUGAGCCGCAGGAAGUAGGGGUGCUGCAGCACUUCCUGAUAAAUCGAAAAAAAUAUAUAUGCAGUACCAGUCAAAAGUUUGGACACCAGUAACAGACACAUCUCAACAUCAACCGUUCAGAGGAGACUGCGGGAAUCAGGCCUUCAUGAUUGCCUUGCUGCAAAGAAACCACUACUAAGAGCCCUUACACAGCCGGAAGGUGUGUUGGGUCAUUGUCCUGUUGAAAAACAAAUGAUAGUCCCACUAAGCGCAAACCAGAUGGGAUGACUGUGUCACCUGCAAAGUUCCCCCACACCAUCACACCUCCUCCUCCAUGCUUCACGGUGGGAACCACACAUGCAGAGAUCAUCCGUUCACCUACUCUGCGUCUCACAAAGACACAGCGGUUGGAACCAAAAAUCUCCAAUUUGGACUCAUCAGACCAAAGGACACAUUUCCACUGGUCUAAUGUCCAUUGCCCAUGUUUCUUGGCCCAAGCAAGUCUCUUCUUCUUAUUGUUGUCCUUUAGUAGUGGUUUCUUUGCAGCAAUUUGAUCGUCAAGGCCUGAUUCACACAGUCUCCUCUGCAAUUUCUGAGUCUGGUAACUCAAAUGAACUUAU